ACAGAAAAUUAAAAAAAGAAGAAAGAGAAGAAGAGACUCAUACAUAACCCUAAUAUCCUCACUCUAAACUCUUCUUCACUUCUUCUCCGAUCUCUCUCUCCGGCGAUUACAUCUUUCUUCCGUCACCGGCUUCGGCUGGAUUCUUCGUCUACGUUGUUUCUUUAGGUUUUUAAUCCAAUCAAGCAAAAAUGUUUCUUACAAGGACCGAGUAUGAUAGAGGGGUGAACACCUUUUCUCCCGAAGGUCGAUUGUUUCAGGUUGAGUAUGCCAUUGAGGCCAUUAAGUUGGGAUCAACUGCAAUUGGGUUGAAGACGAAAGAAGGUGUGGUGCUUGCAGUUGAGAAGCGAAUCACUUCACCAUUACUGGAACCAAGCAGUGUUGAAAAGAUAAUGGAAGUCGAUGAGCACAUUGGAUGUGCCAUGAGUGGAUUGAUUGCUGAUGCCCGGACACUUGUUGAACAUGCUCGGGUGGAAACUCAGAAUCAUAGAUUCUCAUAUGGUGAGCCAAUGACUGUAGAGUCCACAACGCAGGCUCUUUGUGAUUUGGCUCUGCGGUUUGGUGAGGGUGAUGAAGAAUCCAUGUCUCGUCCCUUUGGAGUUUCUCUUCUCAUUGCUGGUCAUGAUGAGAAUGGCCCAAGCUUAUACUACACCGAUCCAUCGGGCACAUUUUGGCAAUGCAAUGCAAAGGCCAUAGGUUCCGGUUCAGAAGGAGCAGACAGCUCUCUGCAAGAGCAAUACAACAAGGACCUAACUCUUAAGGAGGCUGAGACCAUUGCUCUUUCUAUUCUCAAACAAGUCAUGGAAGAGAAGGUGACACCAAACAACGUCGACAUAGCGAAGGUGGCACCAACAUACCAUCUGUACACUCCUGCUGAGGUAGAAGCUGUCAUUACUCGCCUAUAAGUUCCAAAUCCAGACCACCAUGGCCGCCGCCGGAACCUUUUCCGCUUACCGACGAUUGCUUCUCUAAACUUGUUGUCUUUGCUUCUCUAAAUUUCUGGGAAUGAUGAUGAGGAUGAUUUGCCUUUGCUUCCGAUUGGUGUUCUUGGUUGUUGAUCUGAUGCAAAGGCUUCGAACAUUGUUUCCAAGUUAGAAAAAUUAUACAUUAUGGUGGAUCUUUAGAACGGUUAACAUUUUGAUACAAUUAUAUUUUCUCCAGUGAAAAGAAGCCUAGAACAAGUUUGUGUUUUUAA